CUGCGGCGCCCUUGCAGCACCCCCUUUUUCCUCCCAAGAGCUGGAUUCCCUCUCCAGAGAGAAAUCCCGCUUGUCUUCGCUCCCGCGAUCAGCCGGAAUUCUCUCUGACAUUCAUUUUUAAAUCCUUCUCCCCAUUCUCUCUUUUGAAUCCUUGUUUCUUUUUCAGGGAAAGGAUCUCUUUGCAGAAAUGGACCAGAUUUCUUCUGAGGCAGAGAGGCCUCCGCUGAACACCAGAGAGAGGCCACUGGGUGACACAGUGAUACUGGCUAGACCUCUUCAACCAUCUCUGAAUGGGGACAGAAUGGAAGCAGCGGCUGUGGAACCAGAUCAGGGUCCAGUGUGCUUUGAAGAUGUUGCUGUUUGUUUCACGGAUGAGGAGUGGGCGUUGCUGGAUCCUGACCAGAGAGCUCUGCAUAAGGACAUCAUGGAGGAGAAUUCUGGGAUCAUGGCCUCUCUUGUCUUUGGUUGUCCAAAGAGAAGACUGACAUUGGAAACGGAGGGAUGCCAUGAUGGAGCCAAACAAAAUCGAUUCAAGAGAAGAGCCAGGCUUAUCGAAUCACAGGUUCCCCAAAGGAUGUCGGUUGAUCCCCGUUAAUUAAUGCACCCAACCCUUCAGAAAACCAUCCAUCUAACCCACUUGGAUAGAGAUGGACUGGAAAUUAACAACAUGGGUGACCAUGACAAAAUCCCCACAAUGGAGAAGCUGAAUAAAUAUCUUGAAUGUGG